CCACAAUCCUAAAUGCCUCAGCUAAUGCAGCGGGAGGCCAGAAAGAGAAGUGGGAGCGGAGAGAUAUUACGGAGUUACCAAGGCAGGACAUCUUCGUCAAAGGAAGGAAAGAGAGGAGCAGGAAAGGAGGAAGAGAACAGGCUGAAACAGUUUUACCCAGAGCCAGCGGACAUGAAACGUAGAUGAAUAAGACGUACAUAUAUAACAGACUGAAAUAAUCAUCUCAGCCAGUGUGGAGGAUUCACUGGGGAUAGGAAAUUAUAUAACAAGAAAAGGACAUUUCUCUGCAGUAAGAAAGGUGGUCUGUGAGAGAACGGACGACCAACUUUAUUACUCUAACCCAAACACUAGACUUUCAUACCUGAAAGCAUGGUGAACGGCAGGAUGAGUGUUUCCCGUAACGGUACCUUGGAGAAACCCGCGUCCCUGCAGACCUCCACGGACCGAGGAGAGCCCGACACACCUCACCCGCGCCUCCAUCACACCGGCUCCAUCUCCUCGAGUACUCCGGUAAACGUGUCCAGCUCAUGUGUGGUGGUUCCUCCUCCGUACUCGAUAGCAGGCAGUGCGGAGAACGAGUCUUCCCUGGAGCUGAGGGGCUCUCUGGACUGUUGGGCCUGCUCUGUUCUGGUCACAGCACAGAAUCUGAUCAUCACCGCGCUCAAUGCGGGUCUGGCGGCGCUGAUCUUCGGCCUCAUCCUCUUGCCUUCGCUCGUCAUGGUCGUGUUUGGCUUCCUCUGCCACUCAACGGUUCAGCACCACGGUACUUCAGUCUACUGUUCAGAUCUCUUGGACGAUGGAGGCUGUGUGGCUUUACUGGUGGUGGGGUUCCUGCUGCUGGCUCCGCUCCUGGUUCUGGCUCUGGCCGCUUACUGCAGGAUGGCACGCCACCUCCAGCUGGGCCUGUGCUUCAUCCCCUACAGCCGUGCUGUCUACAAGAACCUGCCUGCAUCACAUCAUCGAGGCCUGGGGGGCUGCUGUGGCCAGCAGGGAGCAGGAGAGAGCGAGGGAAAGGGUAGCGUGUGGGUUUGAGCACUAAAGAGUGCCAAUAUGUCAAUAAAAGCAGUGCCAUGUUCUUACUAGUUUUGUUAAACAGAAUUUUUACAAUUGUGGAAUUAAUUCAUUGCCAGACUCUUUUUAGCCAUGCUUUUGCAGUGAUGUUUUUCAGUCCUUUUUAACUGGAUCAACCUAUAGAGCUAAGGGUAACACCAUUUCAUUUUUGACAGGAAUGAAAACAAGGCUGUGAGGGAUAGAAGUGCAUUGCGUUCAGUGGAUUUUUCAGCUGUCAAAACAUAUUUUCUAAAGAGACAAACGUUUUUAAAGUUGUGAAAAUGACAUGAUCUAUCUUCAUUCAGUCUGUGGCAUUGUAAAUACUGUAAGGCUUAGGAUGCACGGGGUAACUUUUUUGAGCAGUGUUGCCAGGCAAUGUUGCUUGGUCACUUUCCCAUUGAGAACAGGCAACAUAAGUUUAUCUGGAUAUUUUAGAUCUGUCGUGGGCCCCGUGUCUCAUGCGUUCAACCGUUGACAGCAACAUUGCUCAUAUCAUCAGCCUAAGUCUAUCCCUCACAGCCUUGUUUUCAUGUGUUAAAUUCAAUAUGGCUCCUAGCCUAAAGUCUGUCAUAUGGUGAAAAAAGGUGGAACUAUUUUUAAAAAUGAAAUAAAGAUAUUUUUAUGCUGUUCCUUUGUAACAUGUUUUUAGUAUUUUAGUGAUUUUUAUGUACAUUUAACAUGAAGAAUAACGAUAAAGUAUUUGUAAAAGAAAAAAUUAUUAUUGCUGUACAAACACCUUUUACAACUUAUAAAAUAAAUAAAACAUUUUCACCACAAAUGUAUGAAAUAUC